GCGCCUUCCAUCUGUUCGAUUUGUCUUGGAAGAGAGCAAGGUCUUAAAGAAAAAACCUCUCUCUUUCUCUCUCCGCUCCCCAUAUCUCAAGUUUCAUACACAGACAUAGAAUAUGUGUAUGAAACUUUCGUUCAAUACCUCCAAUUUUCAGUUUCUUUUCCUCUUAUUUGCUUCAGAUUCCAGGUACCCCAUUUGUUAUAUGUGCCAUUGUUGAAUCUUCAUUAUUCGAGUGGAUUCCACCUUCAUCAGUUGUGCCCCUCUUGGAGUGUAAACCAAAUAAUUAUUCAUCUUAUUUCUGCUAAUUAGCUCAUUCCAAUGAUGUUCGGGUUUAUGAAAUCUCCCAUGAAUAAAGUUUUUAAGCACAAUGCAGUUGACCCAGGACCAGGACCUUCUAACCCUUUUGAUUCUGAUACUGAAAAUGAUUCCAAGCAAAUCCAUAGAGACUCAAAACGAGCUGCUUCUGAGCCUACACUCCCUGGACUAAACUUCAACAUUGAGGACCAGUACAAGAACGAUUUUCGCGACUCGGGAGGGCUAGAGAACCAGAGUGUGCAGGAGCUGGAGAAUUAUGCUGCAUACAAGGCUAAGGAGACUACCAAGACUGUCAACAACUGCCUGAAGAUAGCUGAGGACAUUAGGGAGGAUGCUACCAAUACCCUUGCCACUUUGCAUCAGCAGGGUGAGCAAAUCACCAGGACCCAUAUGAUGGCUGCUGAUAUGGAUAAGGAUUUGAGCAAGGGUGAGAAGCUUUUGGGCAACCUUGGGGGCAUGUUCUCCAGGACUUGGAAGCCAAAGAAAUCCAAAGAUAUUACAGGGCCUCUUAUCACAAGUGAAGACUCCAAAGGAGGGCCAGCCAGCUUGGAGCAGAGGCAAAAGCUGGGCUUAGCCCCAGCACCGAAAGGACGGACAACUUCUCGAGCACCUGGUCCUGAACCAACAGCUGCCAUGCAGCAAGUUGAGGGAGAGAUGUUGAAACAAGACGAUGCCCUUUCUGACCUGAGUAAUAUCUUGGGGGACCUGAAGAAUAUGGCUGCUGACAUGGGAUCUGAACUUGAUAGACAAAAUAAAGCUCUUGAUCAUCUCAGUGAUGAUGUUGAUGAGCUAAAUGCUCGUGUGAAAGGUGCCAAUCAGCGCGCACGACGACUACUUGCAAAGUGAAGGAACAUUGGUUUGAUUGACAUACCAACCUUCUGAAUUUGACCUUGUAUUCAUCUGUUUUUCUCCAGCUCCUUGAUGGCUUUCUUUUGACAGAAUUUUUUGACCUUGUAUUCAUCUCGUUGGUUGUUUUCCAUUUGUAUACAUACAUGCAAUAAUGAAUUGUCAAUCCUCCUGUUUUUCA